CUCACAAUUAGUGGAGAGAAAGAAAAGAAAGACAGCCAGCUUCUUCGGAACUUUUAACACACCUGCACCAGUCUUACAUACACACAGACAUGUCUUCUGCCAGCAGUCUGUUAUCUGAAGAUCAGUUUCUGUGCUCCAUCUGUCUGGAUGUGUUCACUCAUCCAGUCACCAUACCAUGUGGACACAACUUCUGCAAGAACUGCAUCACACAACACUGGGAUACUAAUGUCCAAAAUGAUUGUCCCCUGUGUAAAAAGGUUUUUAACACAGGACCUGAACUGCACAUCAAUACAUUCAUAUCUGAGAUGGCUAAUCAGUUCAGACAGCCAGCUGUAAAGAAAAGCAGCAGCUGCUCAGAGCAACAAUGGACCAACACAGGUGAUGUUCUGUGUGAUGUCUGCACUGAAACCAAACUGAAGGCUGUGAAGUCCUGCCUGGUGUGUCUGACCUCCUACUGUGAAACUCACCUGGAGCUUCACCAGAAAAUGACAGUGAUGACAAGACACAAGCUGAUUGAUCCUGUGAAGAACCUGGAAGACAGAAUGUGUAAGAAGCAUGAUCGACCUCUGGCACUGUUCUGCAAGACUGAUCAGAUGUGUGUGUGUCAGUUCUGCACUGAGACAGAUCACAAGUCACAUGUCUAUGGUCCUCUGAAAGGAGAAUAUGAGGUGCAGAAAGCUAAACUGGAGAAAACAGAGGCUGAAAUUCAGCAGAUGAUCCAGAAGAGACGACAGAAGAUUCAGCAGAUUAAGGAUUCAGUUAAGAUCAGCAAGGAAGAAGCAGACAGAGAGACAACAGACAGUGUGCAGGUCUUCACUGCUCUGAUAAAGUCUGUUGAGAGAAGUCUGGCUCAGCUCAUUGAGAUGAUUAAAGAGAAGCAGAAAAGAACAGAGAAACAGGCUGAAGCCUUCAUUAAAGAACUGGAAGAGGAAAUAUCUGAGCUGAUGAAAAGAAGUGCUGAAGUGGAGCAGCUCUCACACACUGAAGACCUCCUUCAGUUCCUCCAAAACUCCUCAUCCCUGAGCCCUGCGCCACCCACCAAAGACUGGACAGAGGUUAGAGUCCAAUCAUCAUAUUUGGGGACUGUGAGGAGAGCUGUGGCUCAGCUAGAGGAGACACUCAGUGAAGAGAUGCAGAAGGUGUGUGCUGAUGCUGAGCUGAAGAGGGUCCAACAGUUUGCGGUGGAUGUGACUCUCGAUCCUGAUACUGCAAGUCCCUAUCUCAUCCUGUCUGAUGAUGGGAAACAAGUCACAUGUGGUGAUGUGAAGAAGACUCUCCCAGAUAAUCCAGAAAGAUUUUCUGCCAGUUCCUGUGUCUUAGGAAAGCAAAGUUUCUCUUCGGGCAGAUUUUACUAUGAAGUUCAGGUUAAAGGGAAGACUGAGUGGACUUUCGGAGUAGCCAGAGAGUUGAUCAACAGGAAAAAACCAAUCACGUGUAGCCCAUACAUUGGCAUCUGGGCCAUAUACUUGAGAAAUGAAAAUGAAUACAGACCCUUUUCUGACCCUCCUGUCCUUCUCUCUCUGAACUGGAAGCCUCAGAAGGUGGGGGUGUUUGUGCAUUAUGAAGAGGGUCUGGUCUCGUUUUAUGACGUAGAUGCUGCAACUCUGAUCUACUCCUUUACUGGCUGUUGGUUUACUGAGAAACUCUAUCCAUACUUUAAUCCCCGUUUGAAUGAUGGUGGUAAAAACUCAGCCCCUCUGAUCAUCUCUCCUGUCAGUGAUACUGAUUAGACUUGUGCUGUGAUACUUUGGACAAAUGAACAGUGAUGAUGGACAAUAUCAGUUAAUUUACUUUACAGAUUCUGGUGAAUAUGGUUAUUACUUGUUUUUUGUCACAUACAUCCCCUUACUGCUGUAACAUAUAGUAACUUCUUAUUUACCAACAGCAAUCCCAUGUACAAAAUGUGUAUCUAAUAGUGUGAGAAUAUUACAAAAUGUCAUCCUUAUACUUUUUAUACCUGCAGUGAGAAAUCAUAGUAAUCAUAAUAACAGAGUUUGAUUGUUAUAAAUUUCGUUUAUGAAGCAUUCUUUCAAAACAGCAUACUCAAACCUGUGUAUCUAAUUUAAUGCAGUGGUCUCACCAGAGGUUCAGACAAGAAGGUCACAGGAUACUUGAAUAUUGAAUACAAUUGUACAGUUCGUCUAAUGAAU